AUGUUAGAUAAGUUAAAGACUUUAUAUUACAAAGACGAAGUUAUUGAAGUCAAUCUUAGAGAAUAUUACGAUAUUAUAAAACUAGGUUCUUACUACACUAAAAAUAAAAUAGUUAUAGUGUUCAAGAUUCCGAUCGCUAUCCCACAUUCCUAUGAUCUGUAUAAAUUAGCCAUUGUUCCCAAUAAACACCAUAAUGUUCUCAUCCCAUCCUCUCCUUAUAUAGCAAUACAUAGAAAUGAUUUCAUCUACAUAGAGACAGAAUGUCCGAAGUCCAAUACUUGGUAUCUCUGCGAGAUAAGAAUAAACUACAAGCCACAAGAUCAAGUUGACUGCAUCCAGACUCUCAUCGCUACCCAGAAACUGGACAUCACAUGCAAGCUCACCACGGUUCUACUCGAUCGAGAAGCCCUUGAGCAACUGGACGACAAACACUAUGUAGUCAGCUUCCCAAAACCAACGAAGAUCCAGACAUCCUGUGGAAAGAAUACUUACUCUACUCUUCAAGGCAGUUAUCUGGCUACCGUCCCUUCGGGAUGUUAUCUCCAAACGUCCGAGUUCACUAUACUCAACAGCAACGACCGCACAAGAGGAACAGCUAUCAAAAUCAUGAACCUGCCACCUCCAGAGAACUUCCCAUCAACUCCGAGAUCACUCAUAAAAUUGAACUCAAUCAACUUAGAAAAUCUACACGCAAUGAGCGAGUCACCCACGACUCCUGACGUGGAGGCGGGCGCGUCACAGUGCGGCGACGAGGAGAAGUUUGACCCUGACUCCAGAAAUGGUCACCGCCGAAUCCUGCAGAGGAUCGAGACGGUGCCUGACAUCAAGAAGGAUACGUCUGGGAUCACUACACAGUAUAUCGCUGCGGGAAUAGUGAAUCUUGGCGCGUUUGCGGCCGGUGCUUGCAUCGCGUGGUCUUCUUCGGGGCUUCCUCUACUACAUCCUCUGUUCUCUUCCGACCUGGUGCCAGGUGUGGCACAGACGAACGACACCUCCAGCGGCACGCACCCACGGCUUGAGCUGUCAGCACCAGAAGCGUCAUGGGCGGCGUCGCUUCUGUGCUGCGGGGCGGUCUUCGGAGCCAUCCCUACUGGCAUCGUCUCGCAACACUUUGGGCGGAAGAAGACCCUGUUGUAUCUAGCCCUACCCUUGCUGGUGUCUUGGCUGUUAGUCGCUUCUAGUCCAAAUGUCUACGGAUUGUACGUGGGGCGUUUUGUCGGCGGUAUAGCUGUUGGUGCAUUCAGCGUUGGAAUCCCGCCUUACGUGGAAGAUAUAGCUGAGAAGAACCUGCUGCCAACCUUGGCUAACUUCUACCACGUCAACCUGGCAUGUGGAGUCUUGUUUGGCUAUGUCGUUGGCAUGGUCGCCAGUAUAGCCUGGCUUUCGUUCUUAUGCGCCACGGUACCGAUUGCAUUCUUCAUUGCUUUCAUCUUCCUCCCCGAGUCACCUGCCUACCUGAUGUCCCAAGGAAAGUACCACGAAGCUAAAGCCGCUUUACGGUACUUCAGAGGAAUAGACAACAACAUCGAUGCCGAAAUCAAGGAAUUGAAAGAGAAUGUGAGAAACUUCGGCAAGUUGAAAGUCACUUUCAAGGAACUUCUUACUACAAAAAUAACAGCGAAAGCGCUUAUCGUCUCUUUCGGCCUCAUGAUCUUCCAGCAGAUGAGCGGAAUAUACGCUGUUCUUUUCUACGCUCAGUACAUCUUCAACGCCUUCCAAAUCUCCCAGAAUCUGCCCGGAGCGGCCAUCAUUCUAGGCUUCUGCUUAGUAUCAUCGACCUACUUCUCUACUAUGUUAUUGAAGACUGUCAGACGACGCGUUCUUUUGCUGUUCUCUUUCUCGUUAAUGGCUCUGAGUCUAGGCAGCUUAGCGAUGUACUACCACCUGCAAAUGACUCAGAUCAUGGACUGUAGUACAGUGAUACCUUUGUUUGCGCUUUGUAUGUUUGUAAGCGUAUACGCUGCUGGUGUAGGACCUAUCCCUUGGUUGAUGCUGAGAGAGAUCUUCCCCAAAGCAGCUACGAGACGAGCUACGGCCAUCACUGCUGGAUGCCAUUGGCUGAUUGCGUUCACAGUCAUCAGAAUGUUCCAAACUUUAGUCAAGAAGGUCAGGCCUGGCUGGACGCUAUGGUACUUCGCUUCUGUCUGCGUUCUUGGUAUUAUCUUCGUCUACUUCUUCGUACCAGAGACUAAAGACCGAAGCUUAGAAGAGAUCCAGAACGAAUUCGAAGGGAUCCACAAAAAAAGGAAACACAGACAUGUGAUCGAAGUUGAGAGCGUGUCUGAGACGUGAUUUCGUUAAACAAGGGUUUGAAUCAAAUUGAAAUUUAUGUAUCAGUAUUUAAUUUGUCAUGAAUGUUACUCAGAUUGUUUUGAUACGUCAUGCGUGUGCGCAGGUUAAAUAAAAGCCACGCGAAAAGCGGUCGUUGUGCUGUAAGGUUUAAAGUUCAAAAUGAAUGAAGCAUAGUGCUUAAUGUAGAGAUGGGUGGUUUUACCAUUUUGAUUCGAAUCCUUACUUAUAAACAAAAGUAAUAUUAAGUUAUUUGUAUAUUAGCUGUUAUAGAUUUACCAAAGUAACUGUAGUCAUAGUUCAAUAGGGAUCAAUUUAUUAUAAAAGGCUUACUAGGUAUAGGUUUAAAAAUAUAUUUAUUUUAUUAUUUUAUUUUUAUGAAAGUUGUACAGUAAAAAUGUUUUUGAAA